AUGUUGCGCAAGUUAUAUGAUGAAGAAGACAUUAAGGAGGAAGAGGAAAUUGAAGAAGUGGAGGAAGAAGAUUUCGGUCCCAUCUAUGACACCGAUGGGGAAGGGGAAUUUGUUGAAAGAAUUAAUUUAGUGACUGGAGAAGAAAUUGUUGAACACUCUAACCCUUUCUAUGCCACUGAUGGGGAAGACGACCAUGAAGAAAUUGAAGAAGAAAUAAAUUUCGUGGUUGGAAACAAAAUUUUUGAAACAACUAUGAAAGAAAUCGAUUUUGUUGUUACAAACAAAAUUGUUGAAGAAAAGGUUGAAGAAUCCAAAGAGGUGGAGCAGGUUCUUGACCACGAAGAUGUGGUUGUGGUUAAGAAGGAUGAUGAUACUCGUCUUAUAACAAACCGUCUUUCUAAGAACCUAGAAGAAGGAGUGGCCCAUCAAGUUCCAAGUUCCAAGCAAUUACGAGGGAGGGAGUUCAUAAUGCUUGGAUUCCUAUUCUUGUGGUGUACCUUCAGUUGGGAAGCCAUGUUAUUGGAACAUGUUGUUCAUCAACCCACAAGUACAAACCAUGAUCUAAUAUUUCAUAUGGCCAUUGUUAAUCCUUUAAAUUAUUUCAAGGAUAAAUUUCUAGGUCCUAAUGUUGUUCAUGGGAGUGUACGAAAGUGGUUUUUGAUCCACAAAUGGAAGACACGGUUAGGAUUUCAUUUGGCGAGUUCUUUUAGCUAUUUGAAGAACAUGUAAGUUGUUUGUCCAAAAAUGUUGCGCAAGUUAUAUGAUGAAGAAGACAUUAAGGAGGAAGAGGAAAUUGAAGAAGUGGAGGAAGAAGAUUUCGGUCCCAUCUAUGACACCGAUGGGGAAGGGGAAUUUGUUGAAAGAAUUAAUUUAGUGACUGGAGAAGAAAUUGUUGAACACUCUAACCCUUUCUAUGCCACUGAUGGGGAAGACGACCAUGAAGAAAUUGAAGAAGAAAUAAAUUUCGUGGUUGGAAACAAAAUUUUUGAAACAACUAUGAAAGAAAUCGAUUUUGUUGUUACAAACAAAAUUGUUGAAGAAAAGGUUGAAGAAUCCAAAGAGGUGGAGCAGGUUCUUGACCACGAAGAUGUGGUUGUGGUUAAGAAGGAUGAUGAUACUCGUCUUAUAACAAACCGUCUUUCUAAGAACCUAGAAGAAGGAGUGGCCCAUCAAGUUCCAAGUUCCAAGCAAUUACGAGGGAGGGAGUUCAUAAUGCUUGGAUUCCUAUUCUUGUGGUGUACCUUCAGUUGGGAAGCCAUGUUAUUGGAACAUGUUGUUCAUCAACCCACAAGUACAAACCAUGAUCUAAUAUUUCAUAUGGCCAUUGUUAAUCCUUUAAAUUAUUUCAAGGAUAAAUUUCUAGGUCCUAAUGUUGUUCAUGGGAGUGUACGAAAGUGGUUUUUGAUCCACAAAUGGAAGACACGGUUAGGAUUUCAUUUGGCGAGUUCUUUUAGCUAUUUGAAGAACAUGUAAAAGGUUGAAGAAUCCAAAGAGGUGGAGCAGGUUCUUGACCACGAAGAUGUGGUUGUGGUUAAGAAGGAUGAUGAUACUCGUCUUAUAACAAACCGUCUUUCUAAGAACCUAGAAGAAGGAGUGGCCCAUCAAGUUCCAAGUUCCAAGCAAUUACGAGGGAGGGAGUUCAUAAUGCUUGGAUUCCUAUUCUUGUGGUGUACCUUCAGUUGGGAAGCCAUGUUAUUGGAACAUGUUGUUCAUCAACCCACAAGUACAAACCAUGAUCUAAUAUUUCAUAUGGCCAUUGUUAAUCCUUUAAAUUAUUUCAAGGAUAAAUUUCUAGGUCCUAAUGUUGUUCAUGGGAGUGUACGAAAGUGGUUUUUGAUCCACAAAUGGAAGACACGGUUAGGAUUUCAUUUGGCGAGUUCUUUUAGCUAUUUGAAGAACAUGUGUAUGUGGAGAAGAGACCAACUUGGAGUAAAGAAAAGGAGCGGUAAACUCUUUAUUUGGGCUUCGGAUGCACCUUCUUCCUCUCCUUCUGCAGAGUGA